AAUGCAUGUGAGCCGGGCUGUGACUGUUACUUUUUUUACCCCGACUUCCCUUCGCCCCUUUUUUUAAUUUCUGUGCCUUGAAAAGACCGGGACAUUGUGAGCGGAGAGCAAUCGUUGACACGGACAUACUGUGAACCAUGUUGCUGUUUACUUAGCUAACCAAAAAACAAAAGUAGUUUGCACCGAGACACUUGUGGAAGCUUGUUGCCGGUUAUUUGUAACCAGUUGACUUGCUGCUGCCGCCGCCGCUGCAGACAGACCGCGCCGAUGGAAUGCGAACGCGGAGAUGAGAACGCGGCGCCCCGGACCGAGCCCGCUGCUGCCCGCGGUUGCCAUGGCAUCGCCAGGGCAUGCGAGCUGCUCACCGACACCGGCCUGGCCAAAGACCGAUGGAAGCUGCUGCAACGGGUGUUAAAACAGAAGAGGGUAGAUAAAGAAAAUCUGCAGCAGGUUUCCAUCAGAAAAUCUUUGACUUUCAACGUAUUUUACACAGAUGUGGUGAAGAAAUUGGAGGCAGAUUCUGAUAAUGAAAUGUGGGUGGAGUACACAUGCAUUCCCUAUCCACAGCAUAGGGUGUAUAUAAGGCACAGUGUUGGUCCACUGAAUGUUGAAGAUGUUCUCACCAGUUUUGACAACACCGGAAAUGUCUGUAUCUGGCCUUCAGAAGAGGUGUUGGCUUAUUACUGUAUUAAACACAGUGAAAUAUUUCGUUAUUUGUUCUGCAGAGGCCUUGCAGUUUGUGAACUAGGGGGCGGAAUGACAUGCUUGGCUGGUCUUAUGGUUGCUAUUUCUGCAGAUGUCAAAGAAGUUCUAUUAACUGAUGGGAAUGAAAAAGCAAUCAGAAAUGUUGCAGAAAUAAUUGAAAGAAACAAAAAACACGGACUAUUCAGGGCUGGUUCUGUUUCAAGUCGCAUAAUGCGAUGGGAUAAUGAGAUGGAUGUGUCUCUUCUAGAAGGACAUUUUGAUGUCAUUAUCUGCGCUGAUUGCUUGUUUCUGGACCUGUACAGAGCCAGCCUCGUUGAUGCAAUAAAGAGAUUACUCAAACCCAAUGGACAAGUGCUCGUGUUUGCUCCUCAGAGAGGCAGUACUCUAAACCAGUUCUGCAGCCUUGCAGAGAAAGCCUGUUUUACAGCCCAGAGGCUGGUGAAAUACGAUGACCAUGUUUGGAACUUUCACCUCAAGAUGAAGAAUGAGAAAACAGAGAGAUAUGAUGAGAACCUCCACUAUCCGGUGCUCAUCUCUCUAACUAAGCAGGGAACAGCGAUCUGCCCUCACCCAAGCUGACCAUGGACGGACUGAUGCUCUCUACGGUUCUUCUCAAGGCCUCACUCAUCAAUGGAGAAGCACAGCUCACUAUCGCUUUCUCCUAUUUCAGAUUAUUAAAGGAACAGAUUGUUUUGUGGAAGAGUAGGAGAAAUUCACCACUGUAAGCUUACCCCACCAAAUCAGCAGAAUUUGUAAUGUCCCACAUCUCCCCAAUUAAAGCAGUUUGCCUCAAUGAAGGUGCUUGUAUACAUGGAA